GGAGGGGGAAGAAAGACAGGGGAACGGGAGGAGGAGGACGGGGAGGAGCUUCGCCGCGGCCUGCUCCGCCCAGCCGGGGUCGGUGGCCGCAUGGCUUCGGUCUCCUCUGCGACCUUCUCGGGCCACGGGGCUCGGUCCCUACUGCAGUUCCUGCGGCUGGUAGGGCAGCUCAAGAGAGUCCCACGGACUGGCUGGGUAUACAGAAAUGUCCAGAGGCCGGAGAGCGUUUCAGAUCACAUGUACCGGAUGGCAGUUAUGGCUAUGGUGAUCAAAGAUGACCGUCUUAACAAAGACCGAUGUGUACGCCUAGCCCUGGUUCAUGAUAUGGCAGAAUGCAUCGUUGGGGACAUAGCACCAGCAGAUAACAUCCCCAAAGAAGAAAAACAUAGGCGAGAAGAGGAAGCUAUGAAGCAGAUAACCCAGCUCCUACCAGAGGACCUCAGAAAGGAGCUCUAUGAACUUUGGGAAGAGUACGAGACCCAAUCUAGUGCAGAAGCCAAAUUUGUGAAGCAGCUAGACCAAUGUGAGAUGAUUCUUCAAGCAUCUGAAUAUGAAGACCUUGAACACAAACCUGGGAGACUGCAAGACUUCUAUGAUUCCACAGCAGGACUUGUGAAACACUUUAAACUACUGCUUGUGAACUGAGCCGCACUAGAUGUAAUUGAGAAGCUCAGCAAUCGGUCGCAUCAGGAUGAUCUUGCACACCCACAGUGAGGGAGGACCAAGCAGCUCUUAGUGAUGCUCCUGAAGCUAAGAGUAGGCUCACUGCCUAAACUAGGUAAGACUGCCCACCUACCAACAAGUGUUUGAUUUAUCUAAUCUGAGUUAUUCACACACAUUUUAUGACAAAAAUAAAAAAUGCUACUUAUGCCAUGGCCAUUAUGAAUAUCACUUCUAGGUCAGAGUGAAUAAUGAAAAGCUUUUAGAUGAAUAGAGAUGAUGUGUGUAAGAUUCUUACCAAACUAAUGAAAUCAGAAUUUUGAUGAAUGGAAUAAAAUAAAUAGCUAAAAUGUGUUGGAAGCUUUAAGAUAUUACCACUAAGUUUUCUUGAUUGUUUUUCUAUCCAAUUCUAAUAUUGUGUUUUCAGAUUAUAAGGCUGAGACUAUUGUGUGCAGAAAUUGGUUGGUGAUCGGAGAUAUUUGUUUAAAGUACCAUAACUUUAUCUAAUACAAUGCGGUGUGCUGAAUUGGUAAAAAAAGAAGGUGGCAGGGAGUUUUCACAAGUUAGCCACUUCACACUCAACAGGCAGCUAUAGAUUGGGCACAGAGACUGAGUACUUGUGUGCUGUGGUGGGCGAGCCAGCACGGCCUGAGAACCAGCUGGGCAGGGUUGGUUUCCUGCCUCUACUUCAACCAACAGGCUGGAAGCACAAUAAGGGAGAAUGCCAGCAUCCCUGCUAGUGAGCCUUCUUUGUCUACAUUUGUCCACUCUGGUCAAGUUUACAGCCCCAUUCUCUCUGCUAAGAUUCCAGGCCUCAGAGAUGAUGUUGUCCUGAACCACCUUGAUUUUCAGUUAGGUGUACAGAUUGCACAGAUUGUCACGCUCCAUUGAGUAGAAUUUUUCAGAUGUGCUUUACUUCAAAAUGUCAUAUAUAUCACUUCUAUUUAAUAAACACAAAACAUGAACAAUUAGCAUGCUAACAAAUAUGUAUAUAUUAUAUGGGCUUUUUAAAUAGUGAUUUUUGUUUAGGUUGGAUGUCUAUUCAGUGUGCAUUUUACAAAUAUAUCUUAAGGCUAUAUCUCUGCCACCUAAUAACAAAUAUAUGUUCCCAUUUAGAAAAAGAAAAGAGAUACAUAUGAUAUAUAAAAUAAAAGUUAGUGCAGAAAUCUGAGUGGAUUGAUAAAUACCAGUUAUUUUCAUACAUGUGAACAAUUUACAAACUGAAAGGGGUUGCAGAACUCUGCUUCUCCCAUUUUCUAGCUAUCUCUUUUUUGGAUAUCCUUUAUCUGACUAACUACUACUCUAUGUAGAUUGGAGAGAAUUUUAAAAUUGGAGAUUAUUUUAACAUCCUAGGAUAGCUGAGGUAAUAUUUAUUUUCAUAUCCUCUCUCAUGUUCACCAAAUUAGCAGUAAAAGUUGACUACUUAUUAUUACUAUUUUUGGCGACAGUGUCUCACUCUGUCACCUAGGCUGGAGUAGUGCAGUGGUGCAAUCAUAGCUCACUGCAGUUUCGAACUCCUAGGCUCAUGCAAUCCUCCUGCCUCAGCCUCUAGAGUAGCUGGGACUACAGGCAAGCAACACUAUGUCUGGCUAAUUUUUUUCUUUUUUUGUAGAGACAGGGUCUGUGUUGCCCAGGCUGAUCUUUAACUCCUGGCCUCAAGGAAUCCUCUCACCUUGGCAUCCAAAAUAGUUGGGAUUACAGGUGUGAGCCACCGCACCUGGCUAAAAGUUGAUUUAAAAUUGCAUCUGUAAAAUCAUAACUAGCAACUUUUAAGACAAAGAAAUUAAGAAUUCAAAGUCAUUAAAAUCAAUUCUUUUAAUUGCUGAAAUUAACAUACAUAAUUGAUGUAGGUGAGAGAGAUCACAAGUAGUUGGAUGAAAUUUAUAGUAAAUCAUCCUAUUGCUGGAGACAGUCAUGAAGAGCUCCAUCCUGUUGAUCUGCUGAACUGAAAGGGACUGUUCAUUCAGCCUUCAAGGACAUGCACAUCAUAAAGGAGGCCAAGCAAAAAUCAAAGCAAACAAUAGCUACAUGUUUGGAAAAAUAUACAUCGAAUUACACAGACAGGAAUUAUGACCAGUUGUGUACCUGCUCAAGUGGGAACAUUUUAAAAUGUGACAGUCAUCUAUGAAUACUGAAAUGUGAUGGUCAAGUGGUCCAUCAUCAACACAAAUACAAAUGGAAAUCAUUAAACUUUCUGGAGGGGCCAUUUGAAUAACAAUGUCAAGGCCUGGGUUUUUCCCAGCGGGAUUUUGGUCUUCUUAUCUGGAUAAGCACAGGCAGAGAUGGGCUGGGUAGUGGCCGGUUUCUGGAUGCAGCCGCACGCUGGCUGGACUUAGCACUGCAGCUCCUCCUCCUUGGUCCGCCGGGAGCCUCCUGCCAAGCUCUGGGCACUGGCAUGGGCCGUGGAGCUGAGGACCUCCUCAAAACUGCCUCCAUUAGGGUUCGUACCGCCUACUUUCGUCUGAAAUGAGCAGAUCCACAAAAAUGCAGUUAGUUGUUACUAUCAUUUUUGUAAUGUUUUUAUAAGAAUACCAAAAGCUGGAUUACUUUCAAAUUCAGAAAUACUUUCUAUCUUUAGACACAAAAGAAUGCACAGAAGUUUGUUUCCUUUAGCAGAGUGCUAGAAUAUUAUUCAUACUUGGGUUCUGGGAUAGGAUUCCAAACUUUAAUUUGCACAGUUUUAGCAACCCUCUCUUUAUCUCUUCUGUAUCUAAGAUUUUAAUUCCUUCAGGAGCAUAAUCGGAUCCAUGGACUUGGAACAGCUAUCCCCACUCACCCAGAGAACUGAUCUAAUCAAAAUGGAAUUAGAUUUUUUAUUAAUUCCUCCAAUUUUACAAAUGUAUAAACAUCCUUACAUGACCUAAACUUAGAUUUUUCUACUUGGGAGUUAGCAGGGCAAACUGGAUUUCUGACAAAUGUCUUUUGAAAAGUCAGAGUGGCUCAAUGGAAAACGAUUUCUCGUUUCUGCUUUGAAAGUUGAAGAUGGAUCAAGUCUUAAUCACUGGUGAUUUCACAUCAUCUUAGGCAACUGCCUUUUGAUAUGGUUUGGCUGUGUCCUCACCCAAAUCUUAUCUUGAAUUGUAGUUCCCGUAGUCCUCAUAAUCCUACCAGGGAGGAACCUGGUAGGAGGUAAUUGAAUCAUGGGGGCGGUGACCUCCAUACUGUUCUCGUGAUAGUGAGUGAGUUCUCACAAGAUCUGAUGCUUCUACAAGGGGCUUUCCUCCUUUUGUUCAGCACUUCUCCUUCCUGCCACCGUGUGAAGAAGGACAUAUUUACUUCCCCUUCUGCCAUGACUGUAAGUUUCCUGAGGCCCCCUCAGCCCUGUGGAACUGUGAGUCAAUUAAAUCUCUUUCCUUUAUAAGUUA